UGUCUUCCUCUCUUAAAUCUCGCUCGUCUUCUUCUUUUUACCUCUCCACAAAGACUUUGUUUUUUUUGUCUCGUCUUCAUCUUUAAAAUCGCGGAAAUACAAAAAACUCUAAUCUAAUUAGAAAAAACAAGGAUUAAAAUUAAUUUUAAAGAUGCUGCAAGAUAUGUGGAAUGCUCCUCCUGGUUUCAGGCCUACCAAAUCGGCUCCGUCAUCACCGGCGAAGCCUCUUGGAGUGCUGAGAACCCGGUCAGAGUCCUUUCAUGCCAUCCACAAAGUCCCAGUUGGUGAUACUCCUUACGUCAAGGCCAAGAAUGUUCAGUUGGUGGAUAAAGACCCAGAGAAGGCGAUUCCUUUGUUUUGGGCAGCCAUUAAUGCUGGAGAUAGAGUAGAUAGUGCUUUGAAAGAUAUGGCUAUUGUGAUGAAGCAACAGAAUCGGGCUGAAGAAGCCAUUGAAGCCAUCAAGUCACUGAGAAGUCGUUGUUCGGAUCAAGCACAGGAGUCUCUUGACAAUAUCCUGUUGGAUCUUUACAAGAGGUGUGGAAGAUUGGAUGACCAAAUUUCACUUUUGAGACACAAGCUGUAUUUGAUUCAACAAGGGCUUGCUUUCAAUGGGAAACGCACUAAGACUGCCAGGUCUCAAGGAAAAAAAUUUCAGGUCUCUGUGGAGCAAGAAGCAACUCGAUUACUGGGAAACUUGGGAUGGGCGUUGAUGCAGCAAAACAACUACAUUGAAGCAGAAGAUGCAUAUCGACGAGCACUCACGAUUGCACCCGAUAACAACAAGAUGUGCAAUCUGGGUAUUUGUUUGAUGAAACAAGGGAGAAUUGCUGAGGCGAAAGAGACUUUGCGGCUAGUGAAACCGGCAGUUGCUGAUGGACCCAGAGGGGUUGAUUCUCAUCUUAAGGCCUAUGAAAGAGCACAACAGAUGCUCAAAGACCUUGAGUCUGAGAUGAUGAAUAAAGGAGGCGACCGGGUUGAGCAAAGUAGGCUGUUUGACGCCUUUCUUGGCUCUUCAUCAAUUUGGCAACCGCAGCCUUGCAGGGAUCCUACUGUGUUGCCAACAACAGCAGCAAAUAAAGCACAGGAUGACUUUGCUGAUGAGAACUCUGAUUCCAAUUUAAUUUUGAAUCAAAUCAUUCCUCCUCCUCAGCAGAGAAGUGUCAAACAACUUUUUCCUUAUGGGAACUCAUGGAAAUCUCAGCCUUCCAAAGAUCAGAAAGUCUUGCCCACAGCUACUGCAGUCAAAAUUCAGGAUAAUUUUACUGAUGAGAACAUUGAUCUCAACACAUCUGUUAAUCAACUGGUCCCUCCUCAGCAAAGAAGUAUAAAACAACUUCCCCCAUAUGGGAAUCCAUGGAACAUUGAUGCACAACCAUUUUAUUCAUCCAGAUUUUUGAAGGAACCAAUGGUAAAAGAGCCAAUUGGGAAUCAGUUUCAAGAGAAUCUGAAAAGAACAAGGUCUGGAAAUGCUGCUAAUUCUAUGAGAGUAAAUGACAUUGGCGAGUACACCAAAUCUUUUGCUGUGGAACCAGAGAAACCUGAAAACAAGACAAGGAGGCUAUCAUCCGAAGAUGCAGAGAAAAAAUUAACAGAGUUUUUGCCAGACAACAAGGACUUUGAAGAGGCUAUUAUUGCUGCAGUUUUAGGUUCAACAAAUGAAGCGGGGAAGAAUGAUGAAUCUAGUACCAACAAUGCAGGGAUAUUUCAGAGGAAGAUUGAUAAGAGACUUAAGGUUUUCCAAGAUAUCACUCUUUCUUUGAGUCCAAGAGCCUGAAUCUGCUGGAGUCUUAUUACCUUAACUUAUAAUUUAAUUUAAUAAUAUAUGUAGACUUUAGAUUGGAGAUAAACUUGUUCUCCUUGUCUACUUCACUUCCUGCAUGUGUAGGUAGACAUUUGAGGCUGGAAAUUUGACAGUUUGUCCACUAAACUUUAAUUUUGUUGACUACUUAACUUAUGUAAGCCUCAAGAAAAGGGCAUAUCUUAAUAAAAGAAAAUUUUGAUGUCCCAUUUUUGGCA